ACUUCGGGCCGAGCUGAGCCAGGGGGUGGGGCCAACUCGGAGUCCAGCUCCUGUCGACGUGGUGCCGGUUCGGGGCGGCUUUACCGUGUGUCUCUGAAGCCCGGAGCCACUACUACCAUGGGGCUGCGCAAGAAAAACAAAACACCGCCGGUGUUCAGCCAUGAGUUUAUCAUCCAGAACCACGCCGACAUUGUGUCCUGUGUCGCCAUGGUCUUCUUGCUCGGGCUAAUGUUCGAGGUGACUGCUAAGAUAGCUGUUUCUUUUGUCACUCUUCAGUACAAUGUCACAUUGCCUGAAACAGGUGAAAAGGUGGAUCAAUUUAUUCUUUACCAUUAUGGCUUUAAGGACUUGGCUACAGUUUUCUUUUACAUGUUGGUUGCUAUCAUUCUCCAUGCCAUCUUGCAAGAGUAUGUGCUUGAUAAAAUCAACAGGCGAAUGCAUUUUUCAAAAACGAAGCACAGCAAAUUCAAUGAAUCUGGGCAACUCAGUGCCUUUUACUUGGCUUCUUUUGUCUGGGGAGCAUUUAUUCUAGCUUCGGAAAAUUAUGCAUCAAAUCCUACUCAUUUAUGGGAAAGCUAUCCCCACACAUUGAUGCCAUUUCAGAUGAAGUUUUUCUACAUUGCACAGUUGGCUUAUUGGUUUCAUGCUUUGCCUGAACUUUAUUUCCAGAAAACCCGGAAGGAAGAUAUUCCCCGGCAGCUUGUGUAUACCAGUUUGUAUGUUUUCCACAUUGCUGGAGCUUAUCUGUUAAACCUGAACCGUUUUGGCCUAGUACUUCUGGUGCUGCAUUAUUUCGUGGAACUUUUGUUUCAUGUUUCUCGUCUGCUUUAUUUCAGUAAUGAAAAGAAUGAAAGAGGAUUUACCCUUUGGGCUUUCUUGUUUGUCGUGGCACGACUACUUACCCUCUCCCUUUCUGUUCUCACAUUUGGAUUUGGCCUUGCUGGAGCUCAAAAUCAAAGUCUCGAUUUAACUGCUGGAAACUUUAACAUCUUGGCUGUAAGAAUAAGUGCCCUCGCUGCUAUUUGCCUGACACAAGCAUAUAUGAUGUGGAAGUUCAUUAACUUUCAACUCAAGAGGUGGAAAGAACAUGCACAAAUUCAGGCUGUAAAAAAGAAAGCUACCAAUACAAAGAGCAAAGCUGCCAAGAAAGGAGAAAAUAAAGCUAAUGGAGUAAAUGGGACCGUCAGUUUUGAAGACAGAGACUCUCCACGUGCAAAAAAAGUAAAAUCUUCUUGAAAGUUAGACUACGUUGGUGCAUAAGUUGUCAAUUUCAUGAUUCGUUUCCAUAUUUUUUUAAAAUAGCACUUCAAAUGUUUCUAACAUGCUGCAGCAAACAACAGUUACUUCAGAGUACUUGUGUAAUGCUGUGCAUUGGAAAGCCAAUAAAGCUAAAGGGAAGGGAAAGCGGAAGGUGGGGAGGUGACAUUUUAUUCAAAUAAUUUCCCUGUUCAAUAACAAGGACAUGAUUGCUUGAAUGGACGCUUUAUUUUUUACUUUUCUUUUAGUAUAUUAUUGCCCCUCAGCAGCUCAAAUGAAACAAUGGAGGUGAAACAACUCCGGGGUGUUGAGUGAUUUGGUAUAGAGCCACUAGCCUUGAGAAACCAUAUUAUGGCAAGGAUUCCAAUUUCCUAACCUGUAAUGUAGUUUCUCAAGUUUGACAUCUCUGUGAUUCUACAGAGAAUCACACUCCCCUGUUUUUUUAAGAAAUGGUACCAAUUCAGGGGGACACAGUGUGGAAUCUUUGAGAGUAGAGGGCUGCAGUUGAGGAUCUCUCUGCUAGUAAGAAACUUGUGUGUGCUAAGGUAUGGAAAAAAAAAAGCUUCUGCUACAACUUGGGGGAGGGGGGUGUGUGGGGCAAAAAUAACUUGUUUGGGUGAUGCAGUGAACCUGGCUCUUUGAGGAACAGUACUUGCAGGGGACACAUCCACAGACAUUGCAGGGUGCAGCCCCUAAUUCACUGAUCUGCUCGCUGCAAAUGCCAGCAACUGUUCUGGCAGGCUGUGGCCAAUGUUACAUACCAGUUAAAUACAAAAAUUAAGAAAAUAAGAAUUUUGUGAGCAUAAUGUAAAACUGUGAGCUGCAGAGUUAGAAUUCAGGCAGUUGACACCAUGUGAAAAAUAAAAUUUAUUUUUAACAUUUUGCUUGUUUUCACCUGUGGUGUGUGUUGAGUUAUAUUUUGGAAAUUAAUUCAGCCUGAAAGAAGUGUUAUUUUCCCAAUGACAGGGUUGAUUAUAUUGCAAAUCAGCAACACAUCACCUAAUUUCUAAUUUUAAAUGUAUGAAUUGAGAAAUGUUCUUGAAUUCUAUAAGAGUCUCUAAUUAUUAUUGUUCAUAGAUGGUAAUGGUACUUAAGGAAAAUAAUAUUGAAAGUGAUUAACACGUACAUUUUGAAAGCUAAAUAGGUUUGUCAGGCUAUUAGAUUUGAAUAAAUGACAGGCUGCUGACACAGAUUAAUUUUCUAUGCCUUAAUUUGUGCAAUUAGACCUGCAGUAUUCUUCUCCAUUUAAUCUAUUUCUCCUGUUUUCAAUCAGUUUUAUAGCUUCAAAGCCAAACUCUACGUUCUCAGGUUAAUUUUGUUUGAGGCAGUCUGUGAAGAGACCACUGCAAUAAGCAUUUUUUUCAAAAAAAGGCAAAUAAAUUACAGCUGAGCUUCAAAGAGGAGAAAUGUUUUAUUUUUUUACUCUAAUAAAAUACACAGAGGGCUGCCAAAUUUUACUAAGUUUUUUAAAAACUUAUAGUAGGCCUUAGCAAGGCAAAACAGCUGAUGUAAUGAUAGAUAAUUAUGUGACUGUUAUUAAAGGGACAUUCAUUGUAUAACAUUCUUUAUAUAGGGAAUUGCUGAUUUCAAAGGCUUGUUUUGUAAAAUAAUUCAGAUAUAAAUUAAAAUGUCAUUUUUGAUCUGUUACAAUUAAGCUUCUAAACAUUCCUAAAUUGCUAAUGACUGGUGGAGCCUUAUUAUAAUGCAUUUUCUUUGUGUAAAUUAAGGAAUAUUUCUAAAUGAAUGAUUUCAAUCACUUUUCUCUUGAAUUGUUUGAAAAUACAGUCCUGAAUUUAGGUUGAAGUGUAACUAACAUUUUUGUGCAGGUAAUGAGCUGGAAGUCUAGGAUAAUUUCCAAAUAGCUUCGUUUUCCUACAAUGUUAAACCCAUGAAGAUGAUCAGUCUUUGAGGCAGAGUUCAUGAGGACUGGGUAGCAUAGUGUCUGCCUCUUUGUUUCUGAAUUGAACUUCGAGGUGACCUCUCUGGUUGUGUUUUCCUGUAUGAUACACGUUUAGGUGACUAUAACACAUUUCAUGAUCCAAAGUACAAACUAUAACUUGGCAUUACAUUGACAGUCUCAGGACUGGCCACAAGUGUGGUUGGGAUAAGGCACACUGAAAAUUAGAAACAAACUUUUUAAAACAGCUUUUGAUUGUGCCUUAACUGUGCUAAAUCUGACCUGGGAUUGAUCAUUGCUGAGUAUUCUAAAUCGAAAAAUAUUCUUCUUCCUUGUAAAUGAUAAAUCAGUUCUGUAUUUUAGAAUGGAAUAUCCAGGAUUACUACUUAACUUCAGGUUUGCAUGGUACCAAUUAUUAUUUUAGACACUGUCAACCUUGCUGGAAAAAUGUAACCUUUCUCUCAGCUAGCAAAUGCUGCUGAGUACUAAUUAAGGUGUGACAUGUGUUGCAGAACGAAGAUGAAAUUUCUGAUUUUAAUGUGGGAGACAAGGUUUUAUUUUUAAUGCAUUGUCUAAAAUUUGAUUUUAGCCUGAAUGACUGUAAUUGCAGUCAUUACAGAGUAAAUCUGAAGUAAAACUGUCCAUCUACCUUGUGACUGAAUUUGUUUACUCCUUGCAGAAUGUGUAAUCAUUUAUUAUAUUAGCUUAAAAUUCUUUGAGUUACUGUAGACUAUAAUUUUUAUCACUUACAUUCUCUGUGUUUUGAUCUGAGAAAUAAUGACCAAUGCACUGUGUAACUCUGCUGAGAUUAUCAUCACAUUCAUCUUGUGGAGUGUUGUCAAGUGAAGAUAUAGAGUUUGAUUCUUGUGAAAAAGUUUGCGUCAAAGGGGAGAGAAAGAGAAGACUUCGAGUAUUAUAGUUUGCUUUCAUUGAAAAUAUUUUAAUAAAUCAAUAAUAAUUCUCUAA